AUAUUCUUUAACAUUGUGAUUCUUGGGCAAUUACAUUAUAAAACUGCAGAAUCAUAAUUCCACUAUACCAUGACUUUUGUAUGCUUAUCCUUAAUGCAAAUUGAACUGUAGCCUCCCUGAAAAAUAAGGCCUUUAGUCCUAUAAAUAGCAUCCCAAAUUUCUCUCAGAAACAAGACUUAGUAAGAGCACAUAAAGAACCGCAAAAAAAUCCAUAUAAACAUACAUAAAGAUGGUGAAAUUUACUACCUUCUUCCUGCUUGUCCUCCUCAUUCUUGCCUCUGAUGAAGAAGUGGUGAUGAGGGCAGGAGCAAGGGACUGCCACAAAGUUUGGAACUGCAAAGGCAAUAAUCGCUGCUGGGAUGACUGCAAAAACAAAUAUAAUGGAAUGGGACUCUGUGAUCUGUAUGCUGCACCUGCUGUUCCUAAGCAGUGCUUUUGUGCAUACAAGUGCUGAUAUAUAUAUAAGUAGAUGAUAACCCAGAUGUAAUCGUGUAUGUUAUGUUAAUCUAUAAUCAACUUCCAGAUUUCCUCUA